AUGGUACCAUUACCGGAUUUGUUUACAUCUACAGAAAUCAUCGAAGAAAUUCAGCGUGGACAAAUUUCAUUGAAUGAAAUAAAGAAAAAAUACUCGGAUUUAUUGAAAAAUGCGUAUUAUUAUGAGCUAGAAUCGUUUGAAGUACCACCGGAACAAUUAGAAUUAUGUGAAGAACAGACACCAGAAUCACUGCAAGACACAAAAUAUGAAUAUGUUGAUACGGGAGAAAAAUUAAAAAAUAUGGCCGAUCAUAUUCAAUUACAAUCGGAAAUAGCAGUCGAUUUAAGCUCAUCAAUAUCGAUCGUGCUACAUUCGUCAGAAAAUGAUAUUGAAUGGUUACAAAAAGAUUUUGGUGUUUAUAUGGUUAAUAUGUUUGAUACAUUUUGCGCAGCAGAAGAAUUAUAUUUAUCAGGAUUAUCAUUAGCUUGUCUUUUAAAAGAAUUUGGUGGUGUUGAUACAAACAAAGAUAAAUAUCAAAACGAAGACUGGCGAAAACUGCCGGUCACCCUGUCUACACUGGUUCUCAAUUGA